AUGGCCAAUAGCGAAGACGAAGACGCCUAUCUCUAUGGGUCAGAUGACGAGCAGCCGCCUGCAAAACGUCAGAAGGUGGCACUGCCGGGAAAAGAGACUGAAAAGCCACAGGAAAUCAAAAAAGAAUUGGAAAGUGAAGAAGAUGACGAUGAAGACGAAGAAGAAGAGUCCAGUGAUGACGACAUCGAGUUUGUUAUAGGUGAAAGUGCACCAAAAGUGUCUACAGUGACCACAACACUGGGUCCUUUGAAUGACACGGUGGGAGAAGUCAACGAUGAAGAUGCAGAUUCAGAUGGUAAGAAAAAGUCCGGAACUACCAUCGUGGCCAAGUCAGAUGCGGCGUCAGCGAUAGAUGUGAACGCAACGGCUGAAUAUGAGGGCAAGCCUCUCACUCAACUAGAUCUUGAGGAGCUCAAAGACAAGCCAUGGAGAGCUCCAGGUGCAGAUAUUUCAGAUUACUUCAACUACGGAUUCGACGAGCUUACAUGGUCUGCCUACUGUCAUAAACAAGACAAAUUGCGUGGAGAAUUCAAUCCUCAGAAGAUUUUGGCUAAAAUUAUGGGUGGUCCAGGAGGCAAGAUGCCUCCAAUGCCUAAUAUGCCAUUCCCAUUUCCAGGAAUGCCAGGAAUGCCGGGGAUGCCAGGGAUGCCAGGUUUUCCUAACAUGCCUAACAUGCCUAACAUGCCUAACAUGCCUAACAUGCCUAACAUGCCAAACAUGCCUAACAAGUCCAACAUGCCAAACAACCCCAAGAAUUACAAAGGCCAGUAUAAGAAAUAG